AUGUCGACGAUGGGAUAUGCUUUGAUAACACAGCAGAUAGGAACAAUCCCCACAGUGGAAAAACUUAAGCUUGAAUAUAUUUCCCCAUAUUGGCAGAAAGUUACGCGAGAUGGCAAGAAUCUCCUACAGUUAGUUUUGAAGGAGUCAAUCGAUCUAGAGGACGAGGAUGACAAUUUUUUUGACGUAGCCCUGAGCCGUCGGAUUGCGUUUGUCAGAUGGUUAUUAAAUGAAUACCCCCCGCUGUUCAUACAAGCAAGCCCAGCGCAGCCAGAGGCUUUGUCUAUUGUCAUUGAAGGAUACAACGCGACGAAUCCUUAUAUGAGCCGUGCCAAGAGAGCCUUUACGAAAUAUUUCCUGUCAGAUCCAUCACUUGACCAAGGUUGUCGUGUUAUCUUUAACAAACCAGAGAAAACUGUUUCAGGAUCUCAGAAAGAAUCGCGGAAAGAAUCCCACAAAGGAUCCCCACAAGGGUCCCCGCGGCGAAGGAUCUCAAAAAUAGCAACGGCAGCAAAGAAGGAAUCCUCGUCCAGGGCUCACAUGGCUAUCAAGGAGAUGGGUGUUGAGAUAAUUCCAUACCUGGAUCUGAUUAACAGCUCGACCCAGAGGAUCGGAGGCGCUAGAGGAAACACACCGCUCCAUGUAGCACUCGAGGUGGCUGAUUGGAAAGAAGAUGAAUUAGCCCAGGAAAGGGUAAAGCUCAUCGCAGAGUUGGUAAGAAGAUGUCCAGAGGCUCUGACGAUUUUCAACGGGGAAGAGGGCCUUCAAAAGGAGAAGCGAUGGUCACCUUACCUAUAUCAUCAAGAACAGUGCAACUUAAUUCACGACUCAAAAGAACGUCGGUGCCAAAAUGAGUCAUGCAAAGAGGUUCAGAAUAUCCUAAAAGAGGCAUACAUACGUCUCCUCGACCACCUGGAGGCUGCAAAACAUCUAUACAAUGGCAAACAAGCCCUCUAUUCCCACCUCGAUCUCUCCGAGCUAAGAAACGCGAGAAAGCCACCUCCCAACUUCAUCAAAAGCGUGGAGGGAUGUAUAAGACACAUGAGCCUUGAGACGAUCCUACGAUAUGUUUGCCUCCCGAAGGACCCACUAUUGAGUGCACAGAACGUGGAUAAGCCGCAAGACUAUGUCAAUUACAGCAGGAUAUUUGAGCUCCUUCGGGAGAAAAACGUGAGAACAAUCCUUAGACUUAGGGUCGAGGACAACGAUGCCUUGCCACAUAGCGACGAAACAAUUCUGUCUGCGUUGAAGGGAACUCACGUGGAUGUCUGGGAUUGGGAGCAGUAUGACAUAUGCUGCGACACAAUCGCCGAGGCAUCACCCAACGUAAAGGAGAAGGCUGGAAACCCUACCAUCAAAAUAGCAAUCAUUGAUGAUGGUAUCGAGGCACAAGAAGCAAGAUUUAUGAACUCAAGCAUCGUAGAAGGGGUAUCGUUUCAUACGAGGAGGGAAUUUUCUAGCGAAUUCCAGGGCAUAUCAACACAUCACUUUCCAUCUUCUGGUGGGCAUGGUACGGAGAUGGCGCAUAGGGUACAGCAGGUCUUUCCCAAGGCACAAUUGUAUAUAGCCCGACUUAACGUUUUGCCUGGAAAUGACGGGGGUAACUUAACGAUCACCGCACGCUCAGCUGCCGAGGCGAUCAAAUGGGCAGUUACAAAAAAGGUUGAUAUUAUCUCCAUGAGUUGGACGAUUGCAAGGACAUCCGAGAAUAGUCAACAUCUGAAGGCUAUGGAGGAUGCCAUUGAUCAAGCACAUAAGCGGAAUAUACUGAUGUUCUGCGCGGCAAAGGAUGAUGGUGAAGGCUCUGACUAUGGAUACCCAACGAAUUUUCAUACGCCGCCGUUCUGUAUCGGCGCCGCUGCUGAGGGAGGGUCGCUGUCAGAGGGCGUUAAUAUUACACCGCUUUCGGGCAACACAAAAGAAAAGAUAUCAGGAAGUUCAAUUGCGACAGCACUAGCGUCCGGUCUGGCUGGACUCCUGCUUUACAUCGUACAGUUUGACAGGCAUAGAGAUAUUACGAGAUCAAAAUCCCAACGAGCUUCACUUCAAAACCAUAAGGUUUUUAAAAGGACACUUAAGCCGAUAACCAACAACCCCCAAAGGUUUAUGCGUGUACAAACGCUCCUCGACCCAAGUCUUGAUGUUGAGUGGACCCCAGCGAACGCGAAUGGCUUGAGCGGGGGACAUGACGUCAGGGGAGGAGAAACAGCCUUAUACAAGAUCGUCGAAAAGAUAUUGAUGCAUAUGGGCGAUGCGGAUUCCGCUUAA